AUGGCCUCACCAACCCCAUCUGUCCCCGAUACUCAGCUCGGCCUAACAGCUGACGAAGUUACUCUUCUCCGACAUCAUCAAGCCCAAGCUGCUGCAACCGCUGGCUCAGGCUCUUCUCGCGCAGCCUCGCGAGCCUCGUCUCAAGGUCUUCUACUCCUCGAUACUACCUCACUUGCGGCUCUUGGGCGUCACUUCGAUCAUCUCAUAUCACAAAUCGGUGCGAGGCUUGACUAUCUAUCCGAGCAAUCUGCUAUCGUGGCACAGCAACAAUACGAUAAUGCGGGGAAUGCGAUUGCUAUGGCGGACGCGGAGAUCGCACGGUUCCACGAUAUACUCAGGCAGAUCGAUGAGCUGGAAUUGGAUUUCGAUCGCAUACGGCAUAUUAGGGAUAUUGUGAGGGGCUAUAGACAAAGGGUUGAGGAAAUGGAACAAGCUGUGGAGAGGAGCGCUAGCGGGCAUUCGAGUGGGGGAAGGCACAGUCAUAGGGUUCAUCAAGAGAGCUCUGGUAGUUCGAGAAGGCAUCGAAGAUGA